CAUCAUCUGUCUCUCUGGAGCUAGUCUCUGUCUCUGGUCUCAUGAGCUGCUUUUAGCUAGAAAAUGUACUUAAAUGUCUGGUUAAGAAACUGGAUCUGCUACACAAAGCAUUCAUAGAAAUACUGUGUAUGUACUGCGUAUGUUUUUUUACUAAGUUCUAAAUGAAAUUUAUGAAUUGUCCUUCAUGGAACAAACUUCUUUAUCAGGUAAAUUUUCCAUGGGUGAUUAUUAUUCUUCUGAUGACGAGCAUGACUAUAGAACACGGGAGUACUACAGAGGCCGGAGGUUCUACAUCAUGUACCAUGGAACAACACUGUCUGCUGCACGGAAGAUCAUGUGUUAUGGUUUCAAGCCCUCAACCGACGGGAUGCUGGGGCCCGGCGUCUACAUAAGCAGGAGUCUGAAAAAAGCUAAGCGUUACCCCCUGCAUCCUGAACCCGGGCAGAGACUGGCCAUCUUGAAGCUGAGGGUACGAGUGGGGAAAGUGAAGAAGAUCGACUACCAGGGACAUCCUCUACAGAAAACAUGGUACGAGAACGGAUAUGACACGGCCUGGGUGCCGCCCAACUGUGGCAUGGUGUUGAGCGGCCUGGAGGAAGACUGCGUCUGGGAUACAAGUCGAAUCAAAGUGCUAGAUAUGUGGGAAGUAAGAAACGACAACGACGACAGUGACGAAGGUGACAGCGACGACGAUGACAGCGACGACGAUGACAGUGACGACGACAGCGACAGUGACAACUACGACGACGGUGAUGAUGGCGACAACGACCACGACGAAGACGGAGACGACAACGGCGAAGACGGCGAAGACGACGACAAAGAUGGUGACAACAACGACGACUGCUGUAAAUGCCGGAUUCUUUGAUGAGACUCAACCAUGAAAUCACAAAUAAGAAUUAAUAAUAAAAACUUUUUAUUGGCUACUUUUAAUCGUUAAUGAUUAUUACGUGAUGACUUAAAAUAUAUUUUGUAAAUGUUGAAAUGAAAUAUUAAAUAUGUUCCU